ACACAUCAUUUUGGAAUGACUGUAUAUCAUCUGGAUUACGUGGCUGCAUGUUAAUUGAAUUAGCAUUGAGAGGAAGGUUACAACUAGAGGCUUGUGGAAUGAGACGUAAAAGUCUAUUAACAAGAAAGGUAAUCUGUAAAUCGGAUGCUCCAACAGGGGAUGUUCUUCUUGAUGAAGCUCUGAAGCAUGUCAAGGAGACUCAACCUCCAGAAACGGUCCAGAACUGGAUUGAGUUACUUAGUGGUGAGACGUGGAAUCCAUUGAAAUUGCAUUAUCAGUUAAGAAAUGUGCGGGAACGGUUAGCUAAAAACCUGGUGGAAAAGGGCGUAUUGACAACAGAGAAACAGAACUUUUUACUUUUUGACAUGACGACACAUCCCCUCACAAACAACAACAUUAAGCAGCGCCUCAUCAAGAAAGUCCAGGAAGCUGUUCUUGACAAAUGGGUGAAUGACCCUCACCGCAUGGACAAGCGCCUGCUGGCCCUCAUUUACCUCGCUCAUGCCUCAGAUGUCCUGGAGAACGCAUUUGCUCCUCUUCUGGAUGAGCAGUAUGAUUUAGCCACCAAGAGAGUCCGGCAGCUCCUUGACUUAGACCCUGAAGUGGAAUGUCUGAAGGCCAGCACGAAUGAGGUUCUGUGGGCGGUGGUGGCAGCGUUCACCAAGUAACUCUGCCUGGAAUGAAACUUUCUCCUUUCUCUCAUGUCAACCAGUAGUUGCUCUUCUGUUGACUUCUGGUUUUCUGCGAUUUGUAUUUUCCCACACUAGAAUUGGCUUUUGUUUUACAAAAUGGUGGGUGGCUUUUUCUUUUUUCUAUGUAUGCAGGAUUCUGCUGGUACGAGAGGCCUUCUCUUUAUGUUCUUAACAAGUUUUACUGCCAUAUUGGCAUUCCAUUUCCUGUUGCCAUUCUCACUGUUCCCUGUUUUGGGUUUCUGGUCUACUUUGACUUUCAAAGUACCUCCAGUCUCCGCACAUGCGCAGAUCUUGGGUGACCUCAGUUUGAGUUUUCCCACAUGUGCAUGUACAUCUAGCAUUCUGCCUACAAUUCAGACAGAAGUCACAAAAAGGCCUUCAACUCACCAAAGGUAAAUAUCUGUAUCUAUUAGGACAUUUUAUACAGAGACCUCAGUUGAGAUGUAUACUUAGCAAAAGUAUUUUUAAAUUGAAACAGCACAGUAAAUACUUAAUAUAAAAUGCCCCUUGAAUUUUGCUUCCCAUGUAAAUCUAUUGUAUUAUUACACUUGUUAUAAUUUUAACUAUUAAAUCAUAAAGGUCCAAUUGUUUCACAAAGCCAGUUUGGGAUGGGCUGCAUUCCAGUUAUGCUGUAUAUAGUUUGGAUUAUAUAUAAAUUGCCCCUUCUGGCCACCCUGUCCCCAUCUUAGUAUUUUGCAAGAUUUAAUUAGUUGUACACCUGGUGCCCCUCACUUGCUUCAGUCAUUGUUAUUUGAUGGCAAAACAGCCCUCUCAUCAUUGAAGGAGAGAGAAAGGCUGAGUGCCAGAUUGAUCCUGGGAAUUUUUGAGCUGUGCCAUUCAUGGUACUCUUUGCCUAUGCAUCUCCUUUUUGGGUUUUUUUUUUUUGUCUUUCUAUUUUUAUAAUUUCUGUAGGGAAGAGGCUUGUGACCAGUACCAAUCUUGAGUACAGUUUUUUUCCUUUUCUGUUCACAAGUAAAUUAAUGUCUGCUCAGAAAUGUCAUUUAUCUACUCACAUUUUCUUGGGGAAAACAAUCAAAUGUCAGUCCCAGCAGAUGUUGCAUGUAAAUUGGUAGCAAGUAAUGAUUACAACUCAGAUGAUUAAGAAUUUUGUAACAGAAAGCUCUGCUAUGUUUUAAUUUUUUUAUAUACAAUUAUGAUAAUUAGCAUCGUAAGACUAUAAACCUUUGCUUUUUAAAGUUUAUUUUUACUAUUUCUUUAUCACUGUUUAUCGUACCACCAUUGGUUUCAUAAUGUAAAUACUAUACAUUGAAAAAAUUAAACGUCAAAUUUUUUAUUACCAUAGUUCAUGUUAUAAUAGUGGGGCUUUCAGGUGUUUAGAGCUUUUUUUGUUAACAUUCAAUGCAAAAGUACUAGAUGGUGUAUAACUCUAGAGUUAAAUUUUAAGGGAUUCCCUAAUAUGUAUACUAUCUUUUUAUCUGAAGUAAUAAAUAAACUAUGAUCUUGAAAGUGCCUGAAUCAGA